AUAAAGGUGAAGGGAACCAAGAAAAAUCUCAAGAUGAAGAGUAUGAUGGUGAUGAUGAUGAAGGUGAAGAAUUCAAAAUCAGUAACUGGGAGACGGAAAAUGGUAACAGAGAUGAUGAAUACAUUAAAGAUGAAGAUGUUGAUGAUGGAGAAGACCAACACGAGGGCUCUGACAAAUCUGAUACCGGUGAUGAAGAUAAUGACACAGCAUGGAAUGUAGACAUGGAUGAAGGUGAUGAAAAGGAUGAUUUCCAAAGUAGAAAGAACCACCUUAUUGAGGAUGUUGUUGAUGAAGACAUGGCAAGAAUGAACCGGCCACCCACUGCCCCCACCAGCAUGGUUGUUUUCUACACAUGGAUGAUUGUUGCUGUCCUUAUCUUUGUUGUGGGCAUUUCUAUGUAUCAGUCUCGUUGUCAUGGAUUCAGGCUGCGCCUCCCGUUUACAACAUCCCUAUCUUCAGGAAGUGACCGGAAACGCCUGCAUGAUCAUCAGUAUAUCUAA